CUACUGAACUUCAACUUAAAAGCAUUAAAAAAAUAAAAGAAGAUGAAGUUAUCAUAUGAAGUUGUUCUUGUCUUUCUAGUUCUAUGCAUUUGCAUAGCCGAGUCAGUAGACCCUUUGGGAGAUUCCUGUAACAAAGAGAGUGAGAUAAGUAAAGGCAGCAAAAUAUCAGCAAACAUUGACAGUUUGUUGCCUGAAUUGGCUCUCAAAACUCCCCCAACUGGCUUUGCUACUGGCUUCAGUGGCAAAGGCGAAGACCGAGUCUAUGGCUUGGCUCAAUGCAGAGGUGAUGUGAGCACUGAAGACUGCUCAAGUUGUGUCCAAGAUGCUGCUAAGCAGAUCAAACAACGUUGUCCCAAUGAAGCAGACGCUAGGAUUUGGUAUGACUACUGCUUCUUAAGGUAUAACAACAAGAGUAGUUUCAUUGGACAAGUUAACACAUCUCCUGGCAUACUCUAUGCUAAUGUUCAAGAUGUAAAUGAUCCUGAAUCUUUCAAAAAGGUGCUAGGAGCUUUAAUGGAUCAGAUAAGAGGAGAAGCUGUUGAGCCUAAGAACGAGGGUCUUGGCAAAGGACAAACACAGAUUUCGACAUUCCAGACGCUCUAUGCAUUGGUGCAAUGCACAAGAGACCUUGCUCAUAUAGAUUGUGCUCAGUGUUUGGCCAUUGCAUUAGAAAACUUCGACAACUUUUGUAAUAACAAAAAGGGUUGCCGAGUUUUGUAUAGUAGUUGUUAUGUAAGAUAUGAGCUCUAUCCAUUUUUCUUUCCUCUUGCUUCAGACAAUUCCACGGUGUCAGAUCAUUAUCUGAUAAACGUGGUGAAGCCAUAGAGUUUUGGUAUCUGUAUUGUUGUCUGUCAAAUUAACUUUCCAAAAUGAAAAAAUGACAGACAAAGCUAUCUAGUUUCUUCACUUUCUUGUAACUCUCAUCUUUAAAUUCAAGCACUAUCAAAUAAGGCUCUACCAAGUCGUUUUCUUAAAGC